GUCCGUUGUCCGUACCAAUCAGCCAAACUAUCCCCAUCCGAGCCACUUUAAUCGAUCCAUACAUGCACAUGCCGACAGAACACGGCUACAUCCGCAACCCUAACUGAAAUCCUCCCAUCCACUCCACCCCAAUGGGCGACCCCGAAUCGCAAACCACCACCACCGCCAUCAAAUCUCCCCAAAAUGGCUACGAGCUGCCCUUCUGGCGCAAGAGCAUCAUCCUCUUCGUCGUCAGCUGGAUGACCCUCGCCGUCACUUUCUCUAGCACCUCCCUCCUGCCCGCGACCCCGGAGAUCGCCGCCGAGUUCCACACCACCUCCGAGACGUUGAACAUUACCAAUGCCGGCGUGCUGCUGGCCAUGGGCUUCUCCUCGCUGAUCUGGGGGCCGCUGAAUCAUCUCAUCGGGCGGCGGAUGUCGUUCAACAUCGCUAUUCUGUUCCUGUGUGCCUGCUCGGCGGGUACGGCCGCCGCUGUUGAUAUGAAGAUGUUUACGGCGUUUCGCGUGCUGGGUGGUCUGACGGGGACGUCGUUUAUGGUCUCGGGGCAGACUAUUCUGGCGGAUAUCUUUGAGCCGGUUGUUCGUGGGACGGCGGUGGGAUUCUUUAUGGCCGGCACGGUGACGGGUCCUGCUAUCGGCCCCUGCAUCGGCGGCAUCAUCGUCACCUUCGCCAGCUGGCGCAACAUCUACUGGCUGCAAGUCGCCAUGACAGGGUUCGGCCUGAUCCUGUCUCUACUGUUCGUACCGGAGCUUAAAUCCCAAGGCAAAGCCGAGUCGACGACGGACGAAAAGACGGACCAGGAACCCGAGAAGCCCAAACACUCGGCCCUCUCGGUCAUCCGCAUGUUCAAUCCCAUCCACAUCGUCAGGCUUCUCAUCUACCCUAACAUUCUACUUGCCGAUCUAACAUGCGGCCUCCUCUCCACAUUCCAAUACACCAUCCUCACCUCCGCCCGCUCCAUCUUCAACCCGCGCUUCCACCUCACCACCGCGCUGAUCAGCGGCCUCUUCUACCUCGCCCCCGGCGCCGGCUUCCUCGUCGGCAGCAUCGUCGGCGGGAAAUUCUCCGACCGCACCGUCCGCAAGUGGAUCGCGCGGCGCGACGGUCUGCGUCUGCCCCAAGACCGUCUGCACAGCGGCCUGGCCACCCUGUUCGGCGUUCUCCCUGCCGCGGCGCUGGUCUACGGCUGGACGCUGGAUCAGGAGAAGGGGGGCAUGGCGGUGCCGAUUGUUGCGGCGUUCUUUGGGGGUUGGGGCCUCAUGGGGUCGUUUAAUGGGUUGAAUACUUAUUGCGCGGAAGUCCUCCCGCAUAAACGCAGCGAAGUCAUCAGCGGGAAGUACAUCAUUCAGUAUAUUUUCUCCGCGGGGGCGAGUGCGCUCGUGCAGCCGGUGAUUAAUCACAUCGGGGUGGGCUGGACGUUUACUAUUUGCGUCAUCUUCUCCAUCAUCGGCGGCUUCUUAGUCCUCAUCAUCACGAAAUGGGGCAUUGAUAUGCAGCGGGCUGUGGAGAGAAAGGUGCCGAUUCCUGGAGCGGGGAAAUAAGUACCUCUUCAUCUGUUUAGACUUGUUGAUUUUAUUCCGAAAAGUGGGUUCAAUGGUUUUAUUUCGGAAAUACCUGUGCAUUGUUCCGUUGCGUCGUGGUUUGGACAUUGCAUUGUGUCGCAUUGCAUUGCAUAUUUUCGGGCAUAUAGAUUAUAGACUAAUGAUUGAUGAUAGUGAAUGAU